UUUUUCAGAAUUCCGCUAAUAUUUUGGGCCUAUACCAAUUCAUGGAGGAGUAGAAACAUUUUUUAUAGCUUGUCCAGCAUAAUCUCCCAUUAUUCUUUAUAAACAACUUAAUAUACAUUAUGGUGAUUUGAUAUGAUUAAAGUAUUCAACUGCGCACAAUGGACCAACAGGUCUGAGUUCAUGGGCAUUAUAUCCAACUCGAUAAUAACUAAAGUAUUCAACUACAAAACAAUUCAAUAUAAAAGUUCAAAAGACAAACAAUCAUGCCAAAUAGAAGAAGAAACAGCGAGAAAAUGUGCAGACAAUGAAAACUUGAAAUUGUUAAAAAAUGAUUUUGAUAAGGGAUAUAAAUGGGAUAAAAAUACAAUAGCUACUGCUGCUGCUAAUGGAUAUUUAGAAAGCCUAAAAUAUUUACUUGAAAAUGAUUGUCCGUGGAAUAACAUCACAACAUUAUCAGCUGCAGAUAAUGGUCAUUUAGAAUGUUUAAUAUAUGCUUAUGAAAAUGGCUGUAAAUGGAAUGAAUUAGAUAUUGCGAAAAGUGCCAUUAAAAAAGGUAAUCUAGAAAUAUUAAAAUAUGUUCAUAAAAAAGGAUAUAAAUUCAAUGAACUCACAACUAAUAUGGCUGCGAUAAGUAAUCUAGAAAUUUUAAAAUACAGAGUGGCCCACCACUCACUGACAACUUAAAUAACUUUUGAUCCAGUUAAUAUUUUUAGUUUAUUUUUU